AUGUCUACAACAACUACCACAACCAACCAGCCUAUCACGGCCGAAUCUAUGCUUCGUCUCUUCCCGGACAUUGAUACUAGCUCAGCGCCUCUCUCCGGUCACGAUGAGGAGCAGAUUCGUCUUAUGGACGAGGUUUGCAUUGUCCUGGACGAGGACGACAAGCCCAUUGGCACAGCCAGCAAGAAGAUUUGCCAUCUCAUGACCAACAUUGACAAGGGCCUCCUUCACCGUGCCUUCUCCGUCUUCCUAUUUAACGACAAGAACGAGCUCCUCCUCCAGCAGCGCGCCACCGAGAAGAUCACCUUCCCCGACAUGUGGACCAACACUUGCUGCUCUCACCCUCUUCACAUCCCUACCGAGACUGGUUCUACUCUCGAGGACUCUAUCGCGGGUGUCAAGCGAGCUGCCCAGCGCAAGCUUGAGCAUGAAUUGGGUAUCAAGAAGGAGCAGGUCCCCUUCGAGGACUUCCACUUCCUGACCCGUAUUCACUAUAAGGCUCCCAGUGACGGAAUGUGGGGUGAGCAUGAGAUUGACUACAUUCUUUUCAUUAAGGCCAACGUCGACCUUGACAUCAACAAGAACGAGGUCCGAGAUACCCAAUACGUUACUCCCGAGAGCCUCAAGCAACAAUUCGACGAUCCCAGCCUGGUUUUCACUCCUUGGUUCAAACUCAUCUGCAACUCUAUGCUCUUUGAGUGGUGGCAGAACCUCGAUUCUGGUCUCGACAAGUACUUGAACGAACAGGAGAUCCGACGCAUGUAA